AUGGGGGAUUGGAAUUUACUGGGUGACAUCCUAGAGGAAGUUCACUCCCACUCAACUAUAGUGGGGAAAAUCUGGCUGACCAUUCUCUUCAUUUUCCGAAUGCUGGUACUGGGUGUGGCUGCUGAAGAUGUCUGGGAUGAUGAACAGUCAGCAUUUGCCUGCAACACCCAGCAGCCAGGUUGCAACAAUAUCUGUUAUGAUGAUGCUUUCCCUAUCUCUUUGAUCAGGUUCUGGGUUUUACAGAUAAUCUUUGUGUCUUCUCCUUCUCUGGUGUAUAUGGGCCAUGCACUUUAUAGACUCAGGGCCUUUGAAAAGGAGAGGCAGAGGAAAAAGUCACACCUUAGAGUCCGGAUGGAGAAUCCAGAGCUUGAAUUGGAGGAGCAACAAAGGAUAGAUAGAGAGCUGAAGAGAUUGGAGGAGCAGAAGAGAAUCCAUAAAGUCCCUCUGAAAGGAUGUCUGCUCCGUACUUAUGUCUUACACAUCUUAACGAGAUCUGUGCUGGAAGUAGGGUUCAUGAUAGGCCAGUAUGUUCUCUAUGGGUUUCAAAUGCACCCCCUUUACAAAUGCACUCAAUCUCCUUGCCCUAAUGCAGUGGAUUGCUUUGUAUCCAGGCCCACAGAGAAGACAAUUUUCAUGCUCUUUAUGCACAGCAUUGCAGCCAUCUCUUUGUUCCUUAAUGUACUGGAAAUAUCUCAUCUGGGAAUCAGGAAAAUCAUGAGGGCACUUUAUGAGAAAUCCAGCAAUGAGGACAUUGAGGAUGAAAGUGGCACUCCAUUCCAUUUGAAAAAAUAUUCGGUGGCCCAGCCUUGUAUGAUUUGCUCUCCCUUGCCUAAAAGAAUCUCUUUGCUUCAAGCCAACAAUCAACAGCAAGUCUUUCAAGUCAAUGUGCUGAAGUCUAAAACCACAUGUGAAAGCCUACAGCCCAGGCAACUUGAAGUAGACCCUUGCUGUAUUAAAAAAGAGUGGACUGAGAAGGAUCAGCACAGAGGACAGCUCCAUGUCCACAGCCCAUGUCCCUGGGAUGACAGUACUCGAAUUCAGCACCAGGGACAGCAACCAGGCCAUUCAUUUGGCCUAGAAAAUGUAAAGUCCCAGUCCUGGCUAGGUACAGAGAUGGCUCCUAGACAUUGCCCAUCCUAUGCAAUAGGAACCUGGGAGCAGUCCCAGGAUCUACGACCCUCAGGAGAGCCUCUUACAGAGUUGCACAGUCACUGUAGAGACAGCGAUGGCAGCAUGAGAGAGAGUGGGGUCUGGACAGACAGAUCUCACCUGGAUAGUCGCAAAGCCAGCUUUCUGUCCAGAUUGCUGUCUGAAAAGGGACAGUUGCACAGUGACUCAAGAAGCUUCAGUUCUCAGAACAGCUCUUGCUUGGAUCUUCUGCACCGGGAAAAUAGUCCCUCGCUUCUGCCUUCUGCCACUGGGUAUAGAACAUCAAUGGUAAGUAAGGUGAUCAUAGAACUAUUACAAGAGAUGUUCCACUCUGGCUGCUUCUUAGUCGUCCCUUUCCAAUUUCGGUGUGUAUAUGUGUGUGUUGAGAGAGAGGGAGAGGAGGUGAGGGAGGUUAAUUUAUAGAGAGUUGAAUCCAGUCAUUCAGUACAUUCAGUUAAAUUCAGUUCAUGA